AUGAGAGAGGAUAUUAGUAAAAUGAAGAAGGAAUGGAACGAAGAGAAACAAGGGACUACAGGAAUUGGAAACCAGGAAAAAAUCAAAAACAACAUAGUUAUUACAGGAAUCAAUAUGGAUAAAGAGAGCACAAGAGUAAUAAAGAAACAAGUGGAAGAAUUGCUACAGAAGGAGAUAGGAAUUGAAAAGGAAAUUCAAAUCCACAAAAGUGUGGAAGAACUUUUUAAUUUAAUUCCUCAAAAAUAUUGGACGUCGGAGUAUGGCGGGGAGGCUGGAUCGAUACCGGAAUUAAUGGAUAAGUGGGAAACAUUUAUCGAGUCAAAUGCAUCUUAUUUUAUUGAAUGCGAUAAACGAGUGUGCAAUGAAGAACAUAGAAUUGGUGAUGUUGGCAAAAAUGAAAUGUUUGGAAAUAAUGGUACUUUUAAAUCAAUCAAUUUGGAUUAAUGCAAUGUAAUAUAUGGUAUUCCAUAAUUAAAUUCGAUAUAGUAUACAGUUUAUAUUAUUAUA